CGAUCUUGAAAUGCUAACGGUGGCUAACGGUGGCAGAUUGACACCAUGCCGUUGGUUUCCCAUCCGGUCCAGAGUUACUACCCGCUCGAUCAAGAGGAGCAUUUGCAGACAAUUUGUUGACAACAACAAGAAUCGUACCCCGGAGAUUCAUGCAGUUUCCUUCCUAACAGCCUACUCUAAGCGGGCAAGAGCCCUCGUGGAUAAAACGUUGCCACGUGUUCGACGUACGCGACGUGUAAUCGACGCGUACGACGACGUCAUCGCGCGACCAAACGAGACUCAAUUAGUGUAGCUGUAGCGCUGCGAGACCCCCCUCCUUCAGUUGGCAGGCCGAACCAGCGGCCACUCAGCAGAGAGCUGCAAUGUGCGCCAAUGCACUAGAACUGCUUCACGCUUCACGACUGUUUGACACGUGUCAAGUGCUCACACGAUACUGUAAUCAACUUAUACAUACACCUGCGCUAUGAACGCAAAGUCGGGAAUGACGGUGGUGGGGAGGUGAUGACGGAGGGAGCGGAUGUAUUGGACGAAGCGGUCUGUGGGACCGGUUUGGCGGAGGUGGCAAAAUUGUUCGAGUUAGUCGUCAAUGGUUUUCAGGGGGCGGAAGGUGGCAGUGAGAAGUUUGGCCCAUUGGAGGAAGGAGUGACGUGGUCCUCCAGAGGCUCGGCGGUUGCUGACUUCAGCCAUCCACCAUUUGGCGGCAUUGCCGAGGAGGCGGGAGGUGGCAAUGGGGAGCCAGUGGGCAAGGGCCAUGUGGUGGAGGUGAAAAGAGUUCUGGAGCUGGGCGGUGUGCUGGAUGCGCCGGAUGAGGGAGGAGGUGGAGGGAACGGGACGAUGGUGGAGGUUGAAGGGUUGAUGGAUGUGGUGGUAGAGGUGGUAGGAGUGGAGGAGGUCGGUGGGGGGGUGUUGUUGGAGGCGGCUGUGGAGGAGGGAGUGGUUUGCACUGUGGAGGUUGGAGUGUUUUGCGCUGUGGAGGAGGGAGUGGUUUGCGCGGUGGUGACGACCGUGAUGGAGGGGAUGGUCCCUUCGAUCGUGGUAACGCGGUCGCAUAUGAACGACAUGUUGGCCUUUAUGUCGUCGAGAGAGGCGAUGACUGAGGUUCGGAGGGUGUUGAGUGCGUGGAGGAUGGCGGAGAGGUCGAGGGUGGCGGUGUUUGCUGGUGGUUGUUCGCCUGCGAGGUUGCGGGCGAUGCUAUCAACUGAGCCGAUGCGGAUGUCAGACAUGUUGAUGGAGGAUGCGGCCAUGUCAGGGGAAGAGGGGGUGGAGGACGAUCCGUGGCUGUUCAAUGCCAGAACGACGCUGGCCGGAGUCGGGGUGAUGCCCUCUGUGGCUGUUCAAUGCCAGAACGAUGCUGGCCGGAGCCGGGUGAUGCCCUGUAACUUGCCGAAGGUGAGGGCACGAGGCCUUGCAGAGAGAUCUGGGGAUGAUAUGCGGGGGCAUCCUAAGGGACAGCUGGGGUUGCUUACACAGGACGACACUGGCCGGAGCUGGAGAAUGACUCCGUCCUUAGAGAAACAAGGGGUUUCUGGGGCAAAUGUUGCCUCAUUUGCAGAGGAGAACCCAUGGCUGUCACUGGAGAUGGAGGAAUUGAAUGCCAGGGAUGACGAUUCCAGCUUGAUAGGCCAGGGUCCAACACACUCCAGGUCAGGAUCAGAAUCUGAGCGCCUGGAUCUGGAUGUUAAAACGGAAGAGAUCUGCAAUGCAAGUGUACGAGAUGGAGGCUCCAGCAUCACUGGACUGGAAAACCAGUCACAGAUGGAAGGUGCGGUUCAGGACAGCUCCAGACAUACAUUUGUGAUCGAUACAUUGAGUAACAUUGACUCCGAUCGCGAUGGCAGGCAUACUGUUGCGACCGAUACAUUGGAUAACAAUGAUUCAGACCGUGAUGGACGACAAGUAGAGAGCAAUGACUCGGACCCUGAUAGAAGACAACUUGACAGCAAUGAAUCAGGCCCUGAGGGCAGACAUGGACUAGACAGCAAUGACUCAUACUCUGAUAGGGGACAAGAAGAUAGCAAUUACUCGAACCCUGAUGGGAGACAACUACUAGUAGGCCGACAUGAAGGGUUUGUUGAACCCGAGCUCGUUGACGACGAGUUUGUAGGGCCGGGACUCGAUGAGCAGAAGACUCAAAGUCAAGAUGCACAUGGUCUGUUGGCAAUGAAUGAGAUCGCUGAUUUACUUGUUCCUAUACCUCUGGAUGGGUCUGAAGAGAGCACAGGGGAUGAUGACCUCCGCAAGAGCGGUGUCCUUGGCCUGGAAAGGCCGUCGUUCAGCAUACUGGCAUUGAAGAAGUCCGGAAAAGUCCGAUCAAACGGUCCGAAAGCGUCCGAAUGCAAGGACUGGAGUGAUGCAGUUCCCGCAAAAGACGCCAGCAGUGUGUCCAGCAGUUCUGAUCUGUCAAAAGCCAUCCAACAAAUGCGAUUAUCCCUGCUGAGGAGUGAGAAAAACAAUCUGUUCAAAGAUCAGGAUAACACAUGGUUUACAGCACUUGCGGUCUGGUGGAUGGCUCCCAAGGCCUCUCUUCGGUCACCAUAUUGGCUGACAGCAGUGCCACCAGGGAGUCCAGAACAAGGUGGACACUUCGUUCGUGUUCUCUCGUUUCAUCAAUUGAGGGAGGUGAUGGCGCAUCUUCGAAUCUCAAAGAUAAGGUGCGACAAGAAAAAUGGAAUGUCGCAUGUGCCUCGUGAGACAAUGGAACAGCACCUGUACACAUUCCUAAACCAGAGAUUCGGACUAAAAUCACUGGUUCUGGAGUGGGCCUCCGCAAUCUUCAAUGCUGUGUCAAAAUUCUGUGUCUUGGACAUCGAAGUCACGAUGUUUGGGAAAAUUUUGCUGAAUGAAAUUGAUGAAGAGUUUUGGGAAGCUCACAGGAAGCUCAAGGAGACCAUCAUCCAGCUCUUGCAGAUUUAUCUCCGAGGGAAAUACAGCUACAAGAAUGAGGAAGACAUAUCCAGAAUGAUCCACAGGCGCUUGCAUGGAUACGUAAAAGAUAUGGAAUGGAUUGACAUCAUCAGAUUCAUGUACGCCAGCGAGGAAAGUGGCAUGUUGAUUCACAGAGUCGACAAAGCGGAAAGACAGACUGCCGCAGUGAAGUUGAAGGCCAAUGUGGAUUGCAUACAUGCCAGGUUCAGUUCUAGAAACACUACUACGAGACCAGGCAAAGUUGCAAAGCAGCGGCCGUCAUCCAAGGGGAAAGUUCACUUCAGAACAUUCCUCCAGGUUCUUUUACGUCAUCAACUGGAGGAACGAGUCAAAUUGUUAAAAGAGUUUCGGAUUCUGUUCUAUAAACAUGACUACCUGAGAGCUGGUCGCCUGACUCGUAACCAAUUUGCAGGCUUAUAUCGCGACCUGAAGAACAACACUAAAGCAGAAGGGGGCAAAAACAUAUCACAAAUGGAUGUUCCUGAUGGCGUUGUAAUCCCUCACAUGGAUGCAACAUUUUCGGAUUGCGUACAGUUUUUCAUGCAAGAUAUUCGGAGAAUUGCAGCCACUCACAAAGAAUAACCCCAGUCAUGAAAAGGACGCCGCUGUUUACUAAUCUUCACAUGUACAAACGACCGACUGUCCGCAUGUCAUUUAGACACAAGUGGUUACCAGGGACCCCCACUUAAAGGAGGGAAAGAAAAGAAACAGAUCACCUGUCUCAUGCUUUCAACGAGCAUGAGAGUGAGUAGGUGACUGAGAGUGGGUGAGUGGAAGUGGGUGAUUGAGUGUGGAUGAGUCGGGGGUGAGUAAGCAAGAGUGAGUGACCGAGAGUUCGGGUGAUGAGAUAGUCCACAGGUCACUUCUGCCCAAGGUUGUGAUACUGAUGGAAGAACGAUAAUGCCAUGUGGAAAACGCUUGGACAUUAUGCACAAAUCAGCAGAGACAUUUGGUGGCAUCUCCUGCAAAGACUUUUCUCCUGCAAUUCAAAAGGCGUCUCUGACGACAGCUUGCCGUUUAAUCCUCUAUAUGGCACACUCCCCUUGGUCUCAUCCAAACAUGAGUCUGCCAUAGGUUUGAAGAAGAUGGUCAUUCCAUGAACAAACAUGACACACUGAC